AUGGCGCCCCGGCUGUCACAGCAGCAGCCGGAAGACCGCAGUACCAGUAGAAGUAGUACUACUAGUAGUAACAGCAGCAGUAGUAAUAGUGACGACAGCAGUAGGACACGUAAUGGCAGCAAUAGCAGCAGUAGCAGUAGAAAUAGUACUACUAGUAGUAACAGCAGCAGUAGUAAUAGUGACGACAGCAGUAGGACACGUAAUGGCAGCAAUAGCAGCAGUAGCAGUAGAAAUAGUACUACUAGUAGUAACAGCAGCAGUAGUAAUAGUGACGACAGCAGUAGGACAUGUAAUGGCAGCGAUAGCCGCAGUAGUAGUAGAAGUAGUACUACUAGUAGUAACAGCAGCGGUAGUAAUAGUGACAACAGCAGUAGGACACGUAAUGGCAACAAUAGCCGCAGUACCAGUAGAAGUAGUACUACUAGUAGUAACAGCAGCAGUAGUAAUAGUGACGACAGCAGUAGGACACGUAAUGGCAGCGAUAGCAGCAGUAGUAGUAGAAGUAGUACUACUAGUAGUAACAGCAGCGGUAGUAAUAGUGACAACAGCAGUAGGACACGUAAUGGCAGCGAUAGCAGCAGUAGCAGUAGAAGUAGUACUACUAGUAGUAGCAGCAGCAGUAGUAAUAGUAAUGACAGCAGUAGUACAGGGAGCCAGGCCUUGCGCAAGGACGUCAUCCCUGAAUACUUACAUGCGGCCACUGGCUUCAGUGAAAUGAAGGGCGUGAACAGAAACCACAGCCAUUACAGCUAG